GGGCGACCCCGGGGGGGGGGCACGCGCUCGCCUCCUGCGCUUUCUUUCUUUCUUUCUUCCUUCCUUCCUUCUUCGAAACCCGCGCGGAGCAAGGCCGCAAGUCCUCUUCCCAAGGAGGGGGAGCUCCGGACGCCCAAAGCGCGCGAAAGAAGCAGCUCUGGUCGCCGCCGCUGCUUUGCCCUACAGCUCCCGCUAAGCCCAGCCCAGACGAGCCUCCCGCCUGCGGGCUCCUCCUCCUCCUCUGACACCGACACCGCCCAUUUCCAACCGGCGGGCUCCAGGCUCCGCCUCGCCCCGCCGGCUGCCCGGUUUGGCUGGUUUCUGACUGUGCUUGCUUUUGCCGUUGCCGCAUGCUGUUUCGUGCCGUUGCCGGAGGAGCAGGAAGAUGGCGGAACCGGAGCCGGACUGCAGCGCGCUUUUGGAUGAAGAGCUUUCCUCCUUCGUCUUCAACUAUCUCUCCGACAGCCAGUACGAAGUCUCUGGUGAGGAGCACCUUUACUCUGAUUUCCCUGAGAUUGAUUUGUCUCCGCUGGAUACCAGUGACUUUGACUCAGCCAAUUGCUUCAGCGAGUUCCAGUGGUGGUGUGAGCACUCUGAAACAGAAUCCAGUCAGUACAGCACAGACGACUCUGAGCUCUUUCAGCAGAUUAUCGACAGUGAGAAUGAAGCUUUGCUGGCAGCUCUCACUGAGACACUGGAUGACAUUCAGGAAGAAGACAUGGGUCUGGCUGCCUUCAAAAAUAUGGACGAGGGGGACAUGCCCAACAGCGGCUACACCUCACCCAUCCCCUCUCCCAAUCCUGCUGCACCAGUCACGAGGGGGCCUCCUGUGGCCCAAGAGGUUGAUGAGCUGUCUCUACUAAAGAAGUUGCUUCUCUCACCAUCCAAUGUGCCUCCAAGCUAUGAGGUUCAAAGAGAGGGGAAUAUAUGGCGUCAAGGACCUCCUAAAUCCAGACCUCAGCGAUCAUGUGCAAAGGUGGAAGGUGUCCACGAUAGAAAGUCAACUUUUCCCCAGGCUCAGAGUCGGAACUGCACUGAGCUUCAUAAACAUCUUACUACGACCACCACCACUAGACACUGCCCACACAGAAAAAACAGUGGGCCACUAGACAAGUGUCAUGCUGACAACAUUAACACCUGCUCUCUACCCCAGAGACAUUACAUCCAAAAUGAAGAAGAUAGCAAUUUAAAUAAAGAUGCAUCGAAUUGCGGUAACAGUGUAGCGCCUCCUCUCUCUUCCUCCGAGAAAGGCACAGGAGACAAGGAACUUCACGCUGCAGUGGAGCUUAUCCACUACAUGCAUACUUAUUGCCUUCCUCCAAGAAAGCUGCCCCCCAUGUACCCCGGUGAGGGGAAACACCAGCCUUUUCACAGCCCCUCCAAAAGAGCAAAGCCAGAUCCUCCCCUGCAGCAGCCUCGACUCUGUGGGAAUGACAAUUGCCCAUCCAGCCCUUGGCAUUUCUCCAUGCACUGCAAACAAUCCCGAACUCCGCUUUCUGAAUUUUCUAUCCUGAAAGAACUGCUUGCCAGAGAACUCCCAUGUGAUGUGAGUAAGCCAUAUCGAUUAGCAAAACCUGUCUAUGCCUCCUUGGCCAGGUCACAGCUUCACAAGUCUUCAAGAACUUCGCCUCCCAAUACCGGGAGGGAAUUUAUGGAUGGAUAUAAUAAGCCCUCCACCAAAAUAAUACCUGAAAUGAAAACUGAGCUGAGACAGAUUCUCAAAGUAGAGCCUGAGGCUGAAAAAGAAACUGCAGAAGAGGAUGGUGCAAAACAAGGGACUCCCAUGGGUCAGGGAUCCUACGGGAAGUCAAGCCGUAAGCCAGACACCUCAAUUUAUGCAGUGCGUCGCUCUAAAAGACUCAACCCUGAGCUCAGCCUUUGGCAGUCUUUCCUUGAUAAACCUCCCUCAGAACCUACCGUGUCCUCAGCAACCACAGCAAACGCAUUCGCUUCAAUAGAGCCUGCCCUCUGCUCAUCUUUGCAAAACUUUGAUACAGAAGCACCAGCAGCGGAAGUAGAAGUGAGUGGCGCUGAUGAGAUGGACGGGGGAUUCCAGAAUUUCCCAAUGGAAUUGCAGACCCCUUCACCAGAAAGUUCUAGGGAAAGCGACACUUAUACAGCAAAUGAGAGUCAGUGCUUCACCUCCUGCCAUCAAACAGAAACACCACGAUGUCUGUCAUUGCCCUUGGCACAAACAGAAUCAACACUCGGGAAGCGCAGCUUUGAUCAAGUUCUGACUGUAGAGCUGUGUGGCACUGCAGGUCUCACACCACCAACUACUCCUCCAUACAAGCCUUCGGAAGAAGACCUAUAUAAGCCAGAUAUUCACCAAAGACCAGCACAGAAGACUGCUGUCAUCACCAGCUCUGAGCCACAACCAAUGAUCAGUCAUAGGCCAAUUUCCAGAAAACAUCAGAAAAAGCAACCAGUGCGGACAGAGCUGUAUGCCCACCUGAGUCGGUCUGCUAUUCGCCCUGCUCACUCUGAGCAACAUGGGGUGUUGAAACGCCCUUUUUCGCGGUCUUUUGGUGAUCAUGAUUAUUGCCAAGUCUUGAAACCUGAGUAUUCGUUCCAGAGGAAGGUGCUAAGAUCUUGGGAGCCCCUGAGCCAUAUAGAAACCCAACACAAGAGGCAAGUGCCUGACGUUCUCUAUCAGGAAGAAAGCAACAAGAGUUUUGAUAAAAUCUCAGUGAAGGAGGGCAGCAAACAGCUGAGGGACCAAGAAAUCAGAGCCAGUUUGACCAAACACUUUGGUCUUUUGGACAGUGCCCUGGAUGAUGGGGAGGAGGCCUUGUUCUUCAAAACUCCUGAAUAUGAUACUGUCUUUGAAGACAGCUGCAGUGAGAUUGGUUCUCCAUUGGAAGAGGAAGAAGAGGAGGAAGAGGAGGAGGAAUACUACAUGAGUCCAUUGGGUUCCAACAGAUGUCUACACAGUAGUGCUCUUUCUAGGACCAAUUUGCACUAUUGCUCCCGAAACAGAUCUGAUUCAGAGUCUUCAUGCUGCAGAAGUAGGUCUCCAGUCAACCAGCAGGUUUUCAGACGUGAAAAUGGCAAGCGUUGUCAAGAGGGAAACAUGACCAGCCAGAGGCUGAUGGAGAAAAAGAGAGAAAAAGCCAUUGGAGAAGGCCGUGUAGUAUACAUCCAAAAUCUUGCCAGCAGUAUGAGCUCUAGUGAACUGAAGAAGCAAUUUGAAGUGUUUGGAGAGAUUGUUGAGUGUUGCAUUUUGACCAAGAAUAAAAGGGGAGAUAAAUACGGUGUCAUCACAUACCGGUGUUCUGAGCAUGCUGCCUUGUCCUUGAAGAAUGGUGCUUCUCUGUGGAAAAUAAAUGAGCCAUUGUUCCAGCUGGCUUAUGGUGGUUUUGGACACUUCUUUUGGACCAGAUUUACUGAUUUGGCAGAUUCCAAUACAGAAGAGUCCUCUCCAACUCCAGUAAAAAGCAAAUAUGAGACCAUGGAUUUUGACAGCCUGCUGCAGGAGGCCCAGGAAAGUCUGCAUCGGUAACAGCCUUAACCUAUGAGGAAUACCUUAAUACCUCAGUCAAGGCACUUCCAAUAUGUUUACGUUUUCAAGAAAUGAUUAAAUAUAUAAUGAGAGAGAGAGAGACUGCUGACCCUUUAAAUUGAUGUUUACAUUGAACAAGCUGCUUCUGUCUGUGAGUUCCCAUGGUGUUGAUGUUCCACUGCCACAAGUUAGUAUCUCUGCUUCUGAUUGGUUGUGUUAGGAUGAGCCUGCAAAAGCCUUCUGUCCUCUUCUUGUCCAAUCUCCUUUCUCUGACUGGUCCCAUUUCCGCCGUGGAGUGGCAGCUGUGUUCACCAUAACUCUUAUUUCAUUUUUGGUCCGUAGUGUGUGAUUAUGAAAUUGUUAAUUGUGAAUAGAAUCAAGAUUGUAAACUAAUUUUUAAUAGAAGAAAGAAAUAUAUACUUAUAAUGUAUUUAUGGCUCAGAUGUACUGUAAUUCAGAUUUAUUGUACCGCUUCCUUGAUUUUUAACUAUGCACUGUAAUGAGGCACUUGCCCCUCAGCAGAUGCAGCCUUUCCAGAAUGGUUCCCUUCAGUGAGUGGCUCAUCUGAAAAUCAUAAAAAAUCUGCUCAUCCUUGAUUAGCCAGGGGGUUAUUGAAUGGCAGUGUGGAAUCACUGUAUAAACCAUUUUUUCCAUUUGUCUGGACUGAAUGCUGGAAUCUCCACUCCUUAAUCAUUGACUGCAUGAGACAUGACAAACUGUGAUUCUGCAGUCCUAAGCGGGCUCCAAGUAUUUUCCUCAGAUGGCAAAAGAUUAAAUCAAGUGAGAAAUGAGAAGGUGACAGGGUACGUUUUUCCCUCUUUCUUCAUGCUGAAAUGAUAACCUGUACUCCUAGCCAAGUAAAUGAUACAUGAGAAAAGCCCUGCUAAAGUCCUAUCUGACCAGCAUCCUGUUUCCAUGGAGCCCCCAGAUGCUUCUCAGAAACUCACAAGCCGCCCAAGAAAGCAGUUAAUCUACUACAAGUGGUAAUCUAAUGUCCACUGGUGCUGAGUUGAGAAGUAUAUAACAGCCAUUAUAACUAGAAGCCAUUAGCCAGUUUAUUCUACAUGUGAAAUCUCUCAUGGGACAAAGAAGAUUGGAAACUGAGCCAGAAAAGUUAAGGCUCCUAAGCAUUAGACCCCACCAUCGGAAUAGCCAUUGUUUCAUGACAUCACCAUAAAGUUACAAAUGUAGAACAAUUUAUUUAAGUCAUAUCCCCAGUAGCCUCAGGAACAGGAACAGAUUUCUGGCCAUCUGGUCAUUCAACCAAAGCAAAAUCUCUUGCCUGAUGGAUAACCUGGGUUUUUUUGCAAGACCGAACAGAAAAAUGGUCAAAAGCAUCUUUGCACCUUGACCCAGCACUCAGCAUCAGCAGAGUAGCUCUGCCCCACUUUAAAUACUGCUCUCUGCCUGAGCAAAUUUGAAUAAGCCAUAUUUUAUAAUAUCUAGCCAGUAGCAUACAGUAACUGUAUUCUUUUUUAUUAUUAUUCUAUAUGUCUGUCUGCAUAUUCAUUUCUUUUGAUUUGCCCAUGGCUUAGAACUCUACUCAUUGAUCAGCUUGUCCUAAAUUCAAAACCCAGAGAUGCCCAGGAGAAGGGAAUCAGCUUUCUGUAAUUUAGGCUGAUUUAAACAAAUGGUUUCUGGAGAAAGAGGCCCGUCUGAUUAGGGUAAAUACAUGUGGAGACCUCAUGCUCAUACAGUACACUAUACCAAAUGCAUCAUUUGCCAGAUGCAAUGCGGGUGCUGUUGUGCUAAUUCACAUCCAGCAAAGGCUAGGGAGACACUAAAUAAGCAAUAGGAACAUCAAGAGAGCACUUUCGAGUGGGGACCAAAUAGCAUUGCUAAGUCCUCCAUCAGUCACCAUAUCCUUAUUCUGUUCUUCACAAAGAUGAGACUGAUAGGGUUCAACCAUCCCAUGUAGAUAAAAUACAACAGCCUUAAUUCUGUCCGUAGUUAGAUUCUCUUCCCUUAAGGUCUCUUUAGCAUCAGCAUGUAUUUGAUUUGGAAUCAAAGGACAAAAACAUCCUGAUUCUGGCCUAAUUCAUGCUGUCCCAAAGUCUGUUUGUCUGAAUAGUCCCCCAUUCUCUUGAUAAGGACUGUACAUAUCAAAAGCACCACAAGAUCAAGGAAUUUCUUAUCCCAUCCUGAAUAUUUAUUUCUGGGAUGCAGAUGAUGAUCUGGAGCUUUCAUAAUAACAAUCCUGAUUUCAUAUGGCAGCUAAUAUAAUUUCCAUGCUACUUGCAGAAUUCACUGUCACAAUGUUUUGGCGAACAACGUCACUUUUAACAUCUCUGUUUAGGAACUUAUUAAAGGAUUACAAGGCCAUUAGAUCUUCUUGUGAUCAGUCCAGAACAAAGUCUGGCCAAGACGAAGUAUCUGCUAUUGACAAGUGCCUCAUUGUAGCUUUGCCUUUUCUGUCCUAGUAUUUCCUUACCACAAUGAUGUUUACAUGUGAUUGCUAUAGAGCUUACUGUAGAAUGUACAUAGUGACACAUUUAGGGUGGGUAGGACUGUCCUGUCCUGUGCUGUACUGAUGUUUUCAGAGAACAAUCAAACAACAACAACAAAUAAUAAUAACCACCCCAGCAACUAGUAAGUGGAAUUCUUCCAUCUCCUGGCUUGGUUACAAAAGAUAUCAAAAAGUUCAGAACUAAGUUUGGUCAGAGAGAUGGAAAAUGCAUCAAAUUUUAAGCGUGUUGAAAGUGUUGAAUGCAGCUGGAAAGAAAGAGUUAAAACAGUCCUUCUGCUAUUUGGAAGGUGCUGCUUCUAGCCCAAACUUGCUUGCAAACGUGGCUUAUCUGCUUUUAUAUCUCAAGUUAAUUUUCAGAAGCUGGAGUUGCCAGUGAUAUUAGGGCAUGCAAGACAUGCUCUUUGAAAGGAAAGAAGAUCCUGUAAUGCACAUAGCCUCUCGAUCCUAGCUGUAGGGAGAGGUGCAAUAAGUGAUCUUUGUUUUGCCUGAAGCCUAUAAAAAUAUAUUUUUUGUGCGAGAAACUUCACUAGGACUUUAUGCAAUAUGCACCUAUGUGCACAAACGCACACAUGAAUGAGAGGAAGACAAUGGGGCAUUGAGCCCUUCAGCAUCUGCAAGUUCAGCAGUGUUGAAUGUAGAACCUGAGUGGGAUGGUUUGCAAAGCACGCACAUUUGUCCUGGUUACAGCAUAUCAAUACCCGCAGCUUAUGCUAAUUGCUAUUGGAAGCACAGCUAGUUUGCAUCACCCACACAGGGAGCAAUGUGUGAAAAUCCUUCGUUCAUAUUUAUUCUUACGGUGACUUGGGAAGAUGUAGUGUGUUGACAGAAAAAAUUUAGGCAAAUUCCUGGAUCAGAGUACAGGAAGAACAAAUGCCGUCCCAAAGUUUUUAAAGCAGAGAGUUAUACCGAAGUUUGUAUGAAUAAAUAAGUACAAUGCAUUAAACUUUUGGUAUGUAGAGCACUCAGCUACAGUGCUCCAUAAAUAUUGUAAAGAGUAAUUAUGAAAGGCUAUUGAAGAAUGGCCAAGUUCCAUAUGACAAAGGAAUUGAUAAGAUCAAAUGUAUAAAAUACCCAGCUGUAUAUUCCUGUCUCUGAAUAUCAGAGUACCUGAAUAAUAGACUUGUGGUCCACUAAACCAAACUCAGACUGUCAUCCUGUCUCCUGAUUUUGCUCCUUGCCUAGGAGUGUGAGAGAUCCUAUAGGCCUGGAUAGGCAGCUGAUAAUUUCUGGUUAAUUGGUGGGUCAACAAAUCUACAGUACAACAUGAGCCUUUUUUUCAUGCAGUAAGAGAACUAUUUGUUUUCCUUAGGAUAAGGAAUUAAGAUGAGCUUUAUAUCUUGCUCCAGCCAUCUUUGCUGCUAAUGUGUUCUGGCAGACGCCUCCUAAGGGCAGUUAUAUCCAGCACAUUUUGAUUCUCCAAGGCUAAAAAUGACUGUAUGCUGCCUCUCAGCUUAGGGGAUUCAUUUCUGAAGGCAUCAUGUUCUUUGCCCCUUUUAUAAAGAGUUUGCUGCUGGGGUCCUUUCUGCAAAGUUUGCCUAACUUUCUUCUGUCCUUGUUUUAAUUAUAUGCAUAAUGCCAACACCCCCAUGUUCAUGGGGCAGGCCUAGCCAUAACAAUGAGCAACAGAACAAAUCAAGAUCUUGUGAGAACACAUGAGAAACCAAAUAAAGAAGAAUCAAUUGUCCAGGGUUUUUCGGAACAAAAGGGUGUAUUAAGAAAGGCAAUCAUGAGGGAGACAUUUAUUUUUUUAAACAAAACUAUAUAUGUUUGUAGGUGUGUGUGUCUGUGUGUAUGAGAGAGAGAAAGAGAAAAAUCCCUCCUAAUUUUCUUUUAUAUAUUUUUUUUAUUUUUUGGGGAAAAUCAGGAGAAAUACCUUAAGGAUAGGAAUAAGUCACAAGCCAUUUAUUUUCUCUUGAUCUUUUAAUAACGAUCGCUUAAUGUGAGACACAAGUCAAUAUUGAUAAGUCAACUGAAAACUUUGGCAGAAGUAAGACAGCAGUGUUGCAAAGAGACUGCACAAGAAGAACUGGAUUCUGUAUCUUAUUUUCACUGCCAGUUAUUCGGAACAGUUGUCUUGUUUUCCCUCUGACCUAUUCUACCUCCAUAAAACUGGUAUCGGCUUUGUCUUUGUUUUUGUGGUGAACAUUCAGUUUUCUCAGUAGCCCAUUCAAAAAGCCAUACAGGAGUCGGUAUGAGUGUGUGUAUGGCUGUGUUUAAUAUGGCAUUAAUUUACUACAUGAAAAUAGGAAGCAGUUUAGCAUUUCCUCGGUUUAUUUUUACAAGAUAGUCCAUGUGUGAUAUUCUUUACCAAUGUAAGCAUACCAAGCCCCAUUUUCAUUUCCAUGUUUUCUGAAUUUUUUGCAAAGAGCUAUUUCUUUGUCAUUUGUGCAAUUUGACUUUUUUUUUUUUAAUAAAUCCCUACAGUAUAUCACUGAUACCCGUGAAGCAUUUGGGAACGCCCCUUCCAUAUUUUUGUGUAUGAUUUCAGGUACCUCUUUGUUCUGAAGAAGGUGUUUCACCCUCUUUAUCAAAAACAACUAGUGGCUUAUUAUGCAUUCUGCAUUGUAUUUCUGAUUAGCCGAAGAACAUGGCCUAACAGUGAGCAGCUGCAAAAGGGUAUUACUAAUUUAUUCUAAGACAAAUGCUAUAAGAAUGUAAUAUAUUAAAAAAAGAUGUUUUAGGGCAUAUGUUGAGCAAAAUGGCUUAGAUGUCAAAGCCUGUGUGGGAGUUCACAUGAUGAAUUGAAUUUCCCUAUUAUCUUUAUACAGGUAGUCCUUAAUAGUUUGUUUAGUGACCGUUUGAAGUUACAAUGGUACUGGAAAAAGCGACUUAUGACCAUUUUUCACCCUUAUGACCAUUGCAGCAUCCUCAUGGUCACGUGAAUAAAAUUCAGAUGCUUGGCAACUGACUCUUAUUUAUGAUGGUUGCAGUGUCCUGGGAUCAUGUAAUCAUCAACCUUCUGACAAGCAAAGUCAGCAGAGAAGCCAGAUUCACUUAACAACUGUGUUAGUUGUUAAGUGAACAACUGCAGUGAUUCAUUUAACAACUGUGGCAAGAAAGGUUGUAAAAUUGGGCCAAAACUCACUUAAAUGUCUCACUUAGCAACCUAAAUUUUGGGCUCAGUUAUGGUCGUAAAUCGAGGACUACCUGUAUACAGAAACCAAUAAAGUUAGUUUUGGGAAGAAUCUCAGUGAAUAUUAGGCCAGGUUUUAAAUGUCCCGGGUGUAAUAUUUGAAUCUCACUUAUGCAAAUCUCUAUUAUUAAAGGCAUCAUCUUGUCACUCUUAAGAUUUAGCCCAGGUAAUCCUGAAAGCACGCCCGUAUUAUCUGCAUCAAUCCUAGGUUCAUUUGUCUAUGAGAAUCAUGCAUCAAGUCAGCCUAUGAACCAUUCUGUGCAGAAAGCUGUACAGAAGUAGGAGCUGACCCAUUUUUCGGUUGUGUUGCCAUUGCUGCAGGCUUCUCAAAUCAUUUGGCAGCUUUGGAAAAGACUAGACCUCUCCAUCUGCACAGAACUCUGCGUGCAUCGAAAUGCAACCGGACCAGUUCAGAAAGGUGCUGCAUUUUGAGGAGGGUCAUAGCACCACUGAAAAGCAGAUUUCUUAUAAUAGGCUUUUUUUCUUUUUUCCAUUUCCUCAUGUGUAUGAUAUCGAUUGUGAGACAAACCACUGGAAAGACUGAUUUUAGUACAGGAGUUGGUGCUUUAGGAAGCAUUAUUUCACACACAGAUGGAAUUCAUGCCCCUCUUUGCCAUGUGUGUUUAUGUGUGGAUGUGAGGCAGAGCGUGUGAAGGAGGCUAAAUUGAUGCAUUUUUUAGAGAAAGGUGUAAGAAUUUCACCUAAAAGAGGGGCACAUUUGCUAUAUGUUAUUUAUAAUAAAAAUUAUAAAAUAAAGAUUUUACUGAGGGUUGGUUUUUUUUCUUUUCUUUUUUUUUCUUGAGAACACUGCUAAUAAUUAGAAGGGCCCAAUUCUGCCAUGUUUUUACAGGUAUUAACUAAGUGGUAACUUACUUCUGGAUAAGUAAAGGCAGCAGAAUUGACCCCUUUGUAAUUUAUACAAUCAAGUUUUUAGUUUGGUGUUUUAAAAGAGUAGUAGAAGAUUUUAAUAUUUCACUUAUUUUCACCCCAGUCGUAUUCUGUUUUGUCCUUAUUUAUGUAAUAUACUUUAACCUUAAUUGGCAUACAUUUUAUGCCUUUCUUUUGUUAUUGUCAUUUUUUAAAUAAAUAUUUCUUUCUAGUGUGAUUUCAACGUCAACCUUCUAAAUAAGAGAAUGUUUUCUUGUAUUUUUACAUUGUCAGAUUCUAUAGUUUCGUAGAUGAUUUAACCAAAUUGCUCAAUGUAUUCUCUAUAUCUAUCUAGUGAGUAUAUAAAAGUUCUAUUUUAAAUUAUGUAAAUACUUCAGAACUGGCUUCUUUUUGAGACUCCCCCAUUGCGGAGUUAAUUGUUUACAUCACAAAGACUGUAGAAUCUCUACAUUCAUGUACUGUAAAUAGUGAAGUGAUCUGCCUAUAAAUAAAUAAACCAUAACAAAUACAC